AUGCCUGGAUCCCGUUAUGUAAACCGAACUCUUGGUUUUACAAUGAAAGAACUUGGUAUUGGUCCAUAUGCUUCUAUUCGUUCUGUUCCUGUUGUUCAACAGCAUCCAUUACAACAAUUUCAAGAUCCACAGGGAAUGAUUUAUCCAAAUUUUCCUAUGGGAGCUCGAGCAUUAGGCUCUCAACUACCUGUUCCUAUCCAUAUGUUCUCUUCUUUUGUACCUGCGCCUCCACAAAUGCCUCCAAUGCCACCUCCACACCCAAUUCCAUUGAAUUCAAUUCAUUUAUCUGGAGUAAAUAAUGGAAUUGGAGGAACAACGAGAAAGAAAAUGUCUAAAAGAUCUAAUUCUCAACGAAGUUCAAAUAGUACCAGUAGUACCAAUAUUAUAAAUAAUUUCAACUCGCAAGCUUCACAAGAACAAUUUCUUCCAGGAGUAGGAUUUAUUAGCCAAAAUUCUCAACUUUCACAAGGAGGAAUUUACAGUGAUUACGGUUUUAGUUUUUUUAAUAUUAUUUUUUUCAAAUAUUUUUAA